AUGCUUGCUAGCGCUCUUCGCCACUCCGCGGCUGAGGGACACAGCUCGGCCGCGAGCGCCGUGGCAAAGAUUUCGAACAUCGAGCGCGCCGGCGCGUACCUGCGCUUCAGCACGCUGCGCGUGCACCCACACCACGAGCCGAACUUCCGCGCCUGCCCGGUGGGGUGGAAGGCAUGGAACAGCAAGCAGUACAUGGACCCCUGGGCGCCCUACCCGUUGACGUCACCGGUGCGCCACGUCGACCGCCCGUUUUCCGGCAUGUGGUUCGGCAUGGGCCACUUCGCGCUGAAGAACUUCUUCGGUCCGUUUCACUGGAAAUUCUGGGCGCGCGUGUCGUUCUUCGGCACUCUUGGCUGGGUCUAUUCCCUCGGCUCGUACGCGCUGCGCAUGCACCGCAACGGCUGGGAGUGGAAGAACCGCGGCGCCGUCUUCUCCAUGGAUUGA